AUGUCUGUAAAUACUGGACACGGACUGCCAUUUUUACCUGGAUACACUUUUCGAGACGCAACGAAGUCAGCUUUCCAUCGGCCCCAGACACUGACCUAUAGGAAUGGCUAUGCCCUGCCCCGUCGGCCCACUGUGGGCAUUGGACAGACUCCCCUCCUCUCAGAGCAGCUGAUCCAGCAGGAGAUCAGCGAGCUAUCCAUCGAGACCCCAGACAUCACCUAUUGCUCCUCUAGCCACAACAAAACCUCAGACUUCAUCCCUGCUCAUGUGGCUUUUGACAAGAAGGUGCUGCGUUUCUAUGGCUACUUCCAAGAGGAUGUGCUUUAUUCUGCGGAGGAGAGGUACCGUGUGCGCCCUGUGAUCAUUUACUACUACCUCGAGGAUGACAGUAUGUGCAUCAACGAGCCCCCGGUGGAGAACUCUGGGUUAUCCCAGGGCAAGCUGAUCAAACGUCAGCGUCUACCCAAGAACGAGCGCGGAGAGCAUUACCACUGGAAAGACCUCAACUUAGGAAUGGACCUGGAGGUGUACGGGGUCAACUACCACGUCACACAGUGCGAUGCACACACACAGGAAUUUAUGGAAAGUGAAGGCAUUGUUUUGAAUGAACCAGAGUCAAUCCCAGUAGACCCUUACAUCACACAUCGCAACAAACCCCAGCCUUCCUUCAUCACGCCCUCCAACUUCGAUGAGUUGCACCAGUUCCUCACCAUGGACCGCAAGGUGCUGCGUUUCUUUGCACUGUGGGACAAUGCUGACACCCUGUAUGGUGAGACCAGGCCUGUAACUAUCCAGUAUUACCUGGUGGAUGACACGGUGGAGAUCAGAGAGGUCCAUGCACCUAACAGCGGCCGAGAUGCCUUCCCCAUCCUGAUGCGCAGGCAGAGGCUGCCCAAGAGAAUGAGGGAGGCCUCUGAUCCCUUCCCUCGCUGUGUGCUGGAGGUUUCAUCGCAGGAAGUGGAUGAGUAUUAUUCGCCCAAGGACUUCCAGGUCGGGGAGACAGUGAAGCUGUUGGGCCGUCGCUUUCUGCUGUAUGACUGUGAUGGCUUCACCAAAGCCUACUUUCAGAAGAACUACCCAGAUGUGGAGAUCAAGCCCAAGGAGGGGCCAAAGAAGGCUGACACUUUUCUGAACAGGAAGAUGGAGGUUCCUCCCUACAAUGGUUUUGGCUCGCUGGAAGACUCUCUCCAGAAUUGCUUGUCUCUUGUCCCUGAGCCUCCCAAGAAGAACAUGAUCAAGAUGCUGGAGAAUGACCAGAAAGUGUUGCGCUAUGUUGCCACGCUGGACUCCCAGAACCCCCAAGAUGAGGGCCGCCGUUUCAUACUCUCUUACUUCCUGUCCGACGACAUGAUCAGUAUUUUUGAAAAGCCCACUCGCAACUCCGGGAUCAUCGGUGGCAAGUUCUUGGAAAAGACACGCAUUCCCAAGCCGGGCUCCACUGUGGAAAAUCCUGAGUUCUAUUCACCCGCUGACUUUGCUGUUGGAGCCACUAUAGAGGUUUUCAGCCACCGUUUUGUGCUGACUGAUGCUGACCACUACGUGCUUAAAUACCUGGAGUCCGUCUCAGACCAAAUCCCAUGUAAGACAUUGGAUUCCUUGCGCCAGAGGCUGGGCAUACAUCAAGACAAAGGUGGUAAUGAAGUAGCAGAGCCCUCUUCUUGA